AUGACUCGAGGAAGAGGUACAGGUCAAGGAAGCAUAGGGAGUGCGGGCAAGUCAGUAGCUAGGACUAAUAUGCCUGUUCAUACUGCAAACAUGCUUACUAUUCCCACUCCUACAGUUGCGCCACAAACAGUCGGUGGCGUAGGUGCUCCAACUUCUAAUCAUGGUAGUACGUCUCCUACUACUCCAAAUCAGACCAACCCAACAACUGUAGGUACGUAUUCACAAACCAACCAAGUAGGUGAGGACAUAUCUCGUAGCAACACAAAUAGAGAAAGUAAUUCCAAUCGGAGCCAUGUGCGAACCCUUGUUACUAUAACUUCUGUAGGAUUGCAACCUUCUAAAGCAUGCUCCAAUAGGAUACACGAGUCUUUCAAAAGUGAACUUGAUCACAAUGGAGUCAAUUGGAAAGGUGUCUCAUGUGACAUAAAAGAUGGCUAUUUUGGGGAAUUCAAGAAACAAUUCUAUUGGGAUUCUUCCAUUACUGAUGCUGCAGUAAAGAAACACUGA